AUGACAACUUUUGAUUUUUCCGAGGUGGAGGCAUUUUUGGAUUGCCAUCCGGAGCUUUUUGAGGAAUAUCUCGUCCGAAAGGGAAAAUGUGACAGCCUGAGCAGGUGGCUGAAAGAGCAUCAGCCGUCCAAAACCUCUCCGGUGGAGGAGAAACGCGGGGUCGCGAGGGAUCCAUUCUGGCCCACGAACCCUGAUGGACUAAAGCGCAGAUCGUCCCACAUGGAGCUCCGAAAGAACUUCGCCCGGUCCAAAGCGAUGACGGCGCACCGGACCUACGACGAGCACGUCAGUCUCACGGCUCACGAGUCCCAGUCGAGCAUGCGGCGGCGCGCGCUCCUGCGGAAAGCCAGUUCGUUACCGCCGACCACCGCGCACAUCUUGAGCGCGCUGCUCGAGUCCCGGGUGAACGUGCCUCAGUAUGCCUCCAGCGCCAUUGACUACAAAUACAGACUUAAAGAGUCCAAUGAAAGGGAGUUCUUCCUUGAGCUGGUUAAGGAUUCGAACGAACUUGACAUGACGAAUCUGAGUUACAAGAUACUUAUCAAUGUGUGCAUUAUGGUGAACGCAGACAGGUGUUCGCUUUUCCUGGUAGAGGGACCGUCUCAUAAGAGGACACUCGUGUCCAAGUUUUUUGAUGUGCACUCCGGUACUACAGUGCGACCCUCAUCCAGCACUCUGGACUCGAAUGAAGUGCAGGUUCCGUGGGGAAAAGGCAUCAUAGGUUAUGUAGCAGAACACGGAGAAACCGUCAACAUACCGAACGCAUACGAGGACCAUCGGUUCAGUGAUGAAAUUGACAAGCUGACAGGCUAUAAGACUCAGUCCAUUCUGUGUAUGGCCAUUCGCAACAGUGACGGUGAAGUCAUCGGCGUAGUGCAGGCCAUCAACAAGAACCCCAGCGGAACACCGUUUACAGAGGACGAUGAGAAAGUGCUGCAAAUGUAUCUACCAUUCUGCGGAAUAUCGAUCUCCAACGCCAAGCUCUUCUCCGAAUCCCGCAAGGAGUAUGAGAGGAGCAGAGCCCUGCUGGAGGUGGUGAAUGAUCUGUUUGAGGAGCAGACAGACCUGGAGAAGAUUGUGAGGAAGAUCAUGCAGCGUGCGUUGACUUUGCUGCAGUGUGAACGCUGCUCAGUGCUUCUGCUGGAAGACAUUCCACUCCCGGUUGUAAAGUUUUCCCAGACGUUUGAGCUAAUGUCUCCACUGUGUAGUGUUGAUCAUGACAUCAGUGACAAAGUCAGCAUGGAGAAGGUGUCUUGUUCAGACUGGCUGAUCAAUAACAGCAUUGCUGAGUUGGUAGCAUCAACCGGUCUGCCAGUUAAUAUAAGUGACGUCUGUCAGGAUCCCCGUUUUGAUGCUGAGGCAGAUCAGGCUUCUGGUUUUCAUAUCAGAUCAGUUUUAUGCGUCCCCAUCUGGAAUCGGACUCAUCAGAUUAUUGGUGUUGCUCAGAUAUUAAACCGCUUGGACAGGAAGACAUUUAAUGAUGCAGACCAAAGAUUAUUUGAGGCAUUUGUUAUUUUCUGUGGUCUGGGCAUUAACAACACAAUGAUGUAUAACCAGGUGAAGAAGACAUGGGCUAAGCAGUCUGUGGCUCUAGAUAUGCUGUCGUAUCAUGCUACGUGCUCCAAGGCAGAGGUUGAUAGACUGAAGGCUGGCAUGUUCGGUGACAACAUCGAUGAGUUCACUCACUCAGGAAUUCACGGCGACGAAGGAGGAGUGGGAUGCAAUGGCUGCCGUUCAGAAUGCUCACGCAGAAACAUCCUCCGAUGCGCUCGUCCUCAGGAUUGGUUUGCAGCAAUAGACCUGAAGGAUGAGUACUUUCAUGUCUCCAUUCUUGCAUGCCACCAGGCUCCUGGGGCACAUGGCAUCCGCAGCAGCUGUCACGCCACUCGGAUAUCUCCAUAUGAGCACUUAAGCACUGGCUUCAAAAUCGAGUCACACGCGUUCCUACAGGUCGAAGUGCCUUUAGGACAGGCGUCCAGGCAUAUUGUCAUCUCGACAGAUGCUUCCAGCAUGUGCUGCGGGGGGCAUAUGUUGCGGGCAUGCAGCCACGGGCCUGUGGAAAGGAACCCAGUUGCUUUGGCAUAUCAGUUGCCUGCAGCUGUUGGCAGUGUUUCUUGCUCUAUGCCAUCUUUUACCGAUGCUGGAGGGGGAACACAUGCUGGUCAGGACGGACAGCACGAAUACGGUGGUGUACAUCAAUUACAUAGGGGGUAUCCGCUCCCCCGCAUGUCUCAGCUCGCUCAUCGUCUGCACCUCUGA